GGCAUUACGAUUUCGCGCCAAAAAGUUUGUCAAUGUGUCAAAGUUGGGAUUUGUGUUUUAAUUUCUGUGCUUACUAAAUAUUUUCUGUUUCUUUUGUGUUAUUGGGUUCUAAGUUAAAUAAAUACCAAAAAAUGGCUAUGAGAGAUUAUGCAGCUGACAAAGAGUCCUUUAAAAACUUUUUUAUCGACUUUUGUCAAACCGAUGAUGAGGGCCAUAAGUUUUUUAAAUAUUCUGAACAGCUAACCAAGGUAGCACAUAGGGAGCAGAUAGCAUUUGUAGUUGAUUUGGAUGAUUUGCAUGAAAUGAAUGAAGAACUUUGUGAAGCUGUAAUCAAAAAUACUAGGCGUUAUACAAAUAUGGUUUCUGAUGUAGUGUAUGAUAUGCUACCAGAUUAUAAACAAAGAGAGGUUGAAGCCAAAGAUGCCCUCGAUGUAUAUAUAGAGCACAGAAUUAUGUUGGAAUCAAGAAACCACAGAAUUCCAGGUGAAAUGAGGGAUCCUAGAAAUAGAUACCCACCAGAGCUCAUAAGACGAUUUGAAGUAUACUUUAAAGAUUUAUCUACAUCAAAAUCAGUACCAAUCAGAGAAGUAAAAGCUGAACAUAUUGGCAAAUUAGUCACAGUGAGAGGUAUUGUCACAAGGUGCACAGAUGUUAAGCCUCUGCUCAUAGUAGCGACAUACUCAUGCAGUGCUUGUGGAGCGGAGACAUACCAGCCAGUAAGAGCACUGCAAUUCACUCCACCUCCAGCAUGUACUGCUGAUGAAUGUCGGCUGAACAAAACUGCUGGACAACUUCAUUUACAGACGAGAGGAUCUAGGUUCCAGAAAUUCCAGGAACUCAAAAUUCAAGAGCAUUCCGACCAAGUGCCAGUGGGUCACAUUCCCCGCCAGCUAUCUGUUUACUGCCGCGGCGAGACAACUAGACGCGCUCAGCCCGGCGACCACGUGGCGGUCACUGGUGUGUUCUUACCACUCUUGAAUGCGGGAUUCCGACAGAUGGUGCAAGGGCUGCUGUCUGAUACUUAUCUGGAAGCACAUGCUGUAACUUGCUUAAACCAAAGUGAUGAAAGUGAGCUAGCUGAAGCACUGACAGAGGAGGAAUUGGCGGAGCUAGCAGAAGAUGACCUAUACUCUCGUAUGGCCAGAAGCCUGGCCCCUGAGAUUUAUGGACAUGAAGAUGUUAAGAAAGCCUUGUUGCUGCUUUUAGUAGGGGGAGUAGAUAGGCGUCCCAAUGGCAUGAAGAUUCGUGGUAACAUAAAUAUCUGUUUGAUGGGUGACCCUGGGGUGGCGAAGUCCCAGCUGCUCAAUUACAUCGACCGGUUGGCGCCGCGCUCGCAGUACACCACGGGCAGGGGCUCCUCUGGAGUCGGUCUUACUGCGGCUGUUAUGAAGGAUCCAUUCACUGGCGAGAUGAUGCUAGAAGGCGGCGCGUUAGUGCUCGCAGACCAAGGCGUGUGCUGCAUUGACGAGUUCGACAAGAUGGCGGAAACUGACCGUACAGCUAUACACGAGGUCAUGGAACAACAGACUAUCAGUAUAGCUAAGGCGGGUAUAAUGACGUGUCUGAACGCGCGCGUGUCCAUCCUGGCGGCGGCGAACCCGGCGUACGGCCGCUACAACCCCAAGCGCACCAUCGAGCAGAACAUACAGCUGCCCGCGGCGCUGCUCUCGCGCUUCGACCUGCUCUGGCUCAUACAAGACAAGCCCAAUAGGGACAAAGACCUGGAGCUGGCGAAGCACAUCGCGUACGUGCACCAGCACUCGUCGCAGCCGCCGAGCGAGGUGCGCGCGCUCAGCAUGCGGCUGGUGCGGCGCUACGUCGCGCUCACCCGCCGCAAGCAGCCCGCCGUGCCCACUCACCUCACUGACUAUAUUGUUUCGUCAUACGUAGAGCUGCGUCGAGAGGCGCGCAAUAGCCGCGACGUGACGUUCACAUCAGCGCGGAACCUGCUCGCCGUGCUGCGGCUCUCAACUGCGCUCGCCAGACUCAGGUUAUCGGAUGUGGUUGAGAAGGAAGAUGUGUCUGAAGCAAUUCGCCUCGUCGAUAUGUCGAAACAGUCGCUGCAACACGUCGAAGAAAAUGUUCAAAGAGGUAUAAGCGCAACAGACAGAAUCUUCGCGGUGGUGCGCGAGCUGGCCGGCGGAGCCAGCACGGUGAAGAUCGCUGACGUCAUCGAGCGCUGUGUGGACAAGGGCUUUAAACCCGAUCAGGUGGAUGCGUGUAUCGAAGAGUAUGAAAAUUUGAACGUAUGGCAAGUGAAUCAAGUGCGGACCAAAAUUACGUUUAUGUAACAUUGAUGUUUGAUAAGAUCUGUUUUGCCUAUGUAGCUAUAAGUUUUGUGAAUGAUCAAUAAAUAUUUUUUUUUAAUAAAUA